UAGCCAAUGAGCGCGUUCCGGGGCGGGCCUGGAAACCGGCUGUUCAGGGGAUUUAAGAGUCGUCCGCGCGGCUGUAGGAAAAGCGGAGUGGAGCCAGGACUUGCCAGGUGGAGCAGACGCCCAAGCCAGCGUAGACACGGAGCGCACCCGCAUCUCUGGGUACCUCACCUCACUGCUUUUCUCCGGAUAGAUCUGAACCGCAGUCCCACGCGCCUCUAGGACCCACUCGCCGCUGCCGCCUCCACAGCACCCAUGGGGACCUGGAGACUUUAAAAGGAGUUUGGGGUUUCGGGCGCAGGGAAAUCACCGCAGCCUCGCCCUGGCGCAGUCCGAUUGGCUCUAUGAAAAGGCAAGCAAGGAGAGGGCAGAGUGUACCUGCCUGCGUGGGCAGGUGUGCCCCGGUGCUUGAGUGUACGUGCAUUGGCAAGUGUGCAGGCAUACGUCCGGAAUUGUGUAAGAACUGGAGGUAAAUGGCUGUCAGUGCCUGGACCCCAAGUGUGCAAAAUGUUGCUGAUGUCAAGUGAAUGCCUGCAAGCGAGUCUGGCAUUGUGCAAGCUGCUGUCAGGCAUGGGAUCUCAGUUGCUGGCCCUGGCCUCGCCGCGUCAUUGAUGGGCAACCAACUGGACCGCAUCACCCACCUCAACUACAGCGAGUUGCCCACUGGGGACCCAUCUGGGAUUGAGAAGGACGAGCUGCGAGUCGGGGUUGCCUACUUCUUCUCGGAUGAGGAGGAGGACCUGGACGAACGCGGGCAGCCGGACAAGUUUGGUGUGAAAGGCCCCCCAGGUUGCAGCCCUUGUCCAGAGAGCCCCAGCCGCCACCACCACCACCUGCUGCACCAGCUCGUCCUCAACGAGACUCAGUUCUCCGCCUUCCGGGGCCAGGAAUGCAUCUUUUCCAAAGUGACCGGCGGCCCUCAGGGCGCCGACUUGAGUGUCUACGCGGUCACUGCGCUGCCCGCGAUCUGCGAGCCAGGCGACCUGCUGGAGCUCUUGUGGCUACAGCCGGCGACCGAGCAGCCCGCGCCAGCCCCUCACUGGGCCGUCUACGUGGGCGGCGGGCAGAUCAUCCACCUGCACCAAGGCGAGAUCCGCCAGGACAGCCUGUACCAGGCGGGCGCGGCCAACGUGGGCCGGGUGGUGAAUAGCUGGUACCGCUACCGCCCGCUGGUGGCCGAGCUGGUGGUGCAGAACGCCUGUGGCCACCUGGGCCUCAAGAGCGAGGAGAUCUGCUGGACGAACUCCGAGAGCUUCGCUGCCUGGUGCCGCUUUGGAAAGCGCGAGUUCAAGGCUGGCGGGGAGGUCCCCGCAGGAACGCAGCCCCCCCAACAGCAGUAUUAUCUCAAGGUGCAUCUGGAGGAGAACAAAGUCCACACCGCCCGCUUCCACAGCCUGGAGGACCUCAUCCGCGAGAAGCGUCGCAUAGACGCCAGUGGCCGCCUGCGUGUGCUGCAGGAGCUUGAGGACUUUGUGGACGACAAGGAGUAGCCUCAGAGGAGCAGCCCGGCGCGCCAGUUCCCACGCCCGGCGUUUCCUUCCAGUCCCCGCAGUUCUGCCCUCCACGCCCCCGCCGCGCGCCUGCCCAGGACCAGCGGCUGGAAGCUUCGGGAACUAACCACCCUCGCACUGGUCGGGCGCAGCUGCGUGCCCCUAAGACAGCCCUGGUGUUGGUGACCGUGGCAGGAUAACCCAGCCUGCACCUCUCCCCUGGGUUGUGAAGGGAAAGAGGGAGUGGGCAAAAGGGGAGCAAGGACACUAUCUUUCCAGCGAGCCAAUGGUCAGUGACUCUUCAGCAGACAGGGCAAAUAUUCUUAGUCACAGGGAACCGUGACCACCACCCCAAGAUGCGCACACCCAGACCAGUCAGUCGGAGGUGAGAAUUGGUCUUUUCGGGACACAGUUCAACUCCCGAGUGGAGAGUGGAUUUGUUCCCGGAUAUCAGAAUUCCUAUGAAACCGAGCCAGUCUCUGUACUUGGGAGCACUUCAGGGACUCCAGGUUACCCUGAGGCUGCCUGGGAACUGUUUUGCAGCUCUCCAGCCCAGAGUCUCCUGACAAAGCAUUCCAGGCUCCGGGCUGAGCUAGAUAGGUUUGACUUCUCCGGUUGUACAACUGGAAGCAGUUGCCAUCCCCGGCUUGACCGACACUUGCCAGAAGUAAAGCCUUCUGGGUCCCGGGAGGAAAAUGGCUGAAGCACCUCUUUCGGCUCCGGAAAAGGAGCUAAUUCACCUGGUGUGUGGGCGCUUGAACUUAGGAAGGAGGAGGCUUUUUGUUCGGAAGCCCUUAAUUGCUUCCCUCCUCACUCAGAGUCCUGUUUUCCAGGGGACUGAAAGAGAGGGAGGCAGGGAAGAUCUACAACAUUCCAGAAACCAGCAUUAGGACAGCCUAGCCAGUGUCUUUAGUUUGGCUUUUCCUAACUAGAAGAUCUUAGAAGGAAGGGGGCAGGUGGAGAUUUGUAAAAUGAAACAGCAGUUUUCCAACGAUUAUCAACAAAGCCUACAGUGUCGAUGCUUCUCUUGAUCAUUUUUAGCAACAUGCUAAUGAAAUUUCAAAUUGAAAUUUUUAUUUUCAUGGCUUUAAUCCAUGAUAGCUUAAAUACUGGGGGCCAUUAGGAGUGGAAUUUAGCUAAGACCUUAGCUGACAUUGCUUUCACUCUGGUUUUUCUCAACUCUUAUGAGAAUUCUGUUUGGGGAUAUUAUAAUUAUUACUUUUUUUUUUCUUUCUGGCUUUACAAAGCAGGCCUGCAAUCGUGGAGCUGUUCAUUACUGUGUAUAUUGUACUGAAUUUUUGUCAGUUCAAGGGUCUGCUGCUUUGGUGAAAAUUGCUAGCAAGUUCCACGAGGGUUCUUUUCUUCAUGCUGUAUAUCAUUACCAUUUCAUCUUUGCAUUUUUUCCCUCUCUUCACCUCUUGAUCCCCCUUGAAAAAAAUCUAGAGUUCAGGGGCUUUGGAGCCCUCUUUUGUAGCUUGUCCUGCUGUUUAUUUCUGAGAACAGGGAAGCAGUCUUAGAAGCAGGACAGACUGUGUGUUUUUCUAAAAAUGAAGAUUAUGUGAGGCUCCUUCCUUUGGGCAAAAGUUUAUGUAUUUUUCUCCAAGGGGUGCAACCCCAGCCUAACUGAUCGUUACUUGAUUCUGUGUGCUAGACACACCUCAGAAGGUAUAAAGUCUCUCUUGAGGGAGUUUGUCAAAUAAUGGUGUUUAGCUAAUGGUUGCAAGCAAUUGAAUACUACGGUUUAGUUGAACAGCAAACACUAUGUCCAAAGCUACUCUCUUGGCAUUUCAAAAAUAAUGCAAUAAAGACUAGGGGAAGUUAGCUGGCAGGGAAAUGCCAUUUCCAUGGUAAAUGGUUUGUUUCUGUUUUCUGGGGGAUUUUUGUUGUUUUAUUUUGUUUCAUUUUGUUUUUAUGCUGGAUUCAUUCUCUGAUCUUGAGUCAAAAGCUCAAAUCAAUGAAAUAAGAACUAAAGUAUUUUUCUGAAGCCAAUCGAGUGAUUUAUUUUUUAAAACUGCUUAUGCUUUUCUUUCAGCUCAUACAACAGCAAAACUUUUGUAACAACUAAACGUAACCUUUGCAUGUAUAAAGAACCGAAAGUCAUUUAUUUCUCUAACUUAGUCUUUUGGCAAAUGACAGGUCGAUGACCAUAAACCGAAAUUCUUUCUUGUGUCUACACACAUCAUAUCCUUUCCUGUGUCCUGUUACUGUAUCUUGGCUCCCUGCUGAAUUAAACACCAUCCUAAGCA